AUGGCAGGCUCCGUCAUGGAAAACAUAACCGACCCUCCCCUCCCCGCCCCCAAACAGCACACUCAAUCCGCCCCCCUUCUCCAACCCAUCACAACAAACACCAAAGCCGGCGUCCCAGUAACUCUGUACCCCAUAACCAUGGGCCCCUCCUCAAUCCCCGAGGGGAUAGUAGCCUAUUUGCACGAAGAAUUCACAGCCGAAAUCUUGAAAGGAUGCACAUAUCCCAUGGAAGAGCCCAUGGCCCUCGACCGGUUCAGGGAUUACUGGUUCGGCACUUUUGCCGUUGUUGUUCUUAAGGGAACGAGAGAGGAGACGGACCCUCUUUUGUUGUUGAAUGGGGAGGGGGAAGAGGUGGAUUGGAAGGAGGUGUGUUUGGGCACGUUUUAUAUUAAGCCUAAUUAUCCCGGCCGCUGCUCCCACGUCUGUAAUGCUGGUUUCUUAGCCUGUUCCGCCGCCCGUGGCAAAGGUAUCGGCUCCGUGAUGGGCGAGACAUAUCUCGUGUAUGCACCUAAACUGGGCUACAAAUACUCCGUCUUCAACCUCGUAUUCGCCAACAAUCCCGCGUCAAGCAGGAUAUGGGACCGUCUCGGGUUUCAGGUUCUGGGUCGUGUGCCGGGGGCUGGGAGACUGGCGAAUAGUGAGGAGUUGGUUGAUGCGUUGAUUUAUGGGAGGAGUUUAGUAUAA